AUGGCUUCAUCUAUCUCACAAUUUUCCGAAAUAGACUCAUCGCAUGAUGAUUGCGGUGAACAGGAGGAUCACGACAUCAAAAUAGCGACACUUUUGAGUCAUGGUUUCGAACAACCGGACGUUGAAAUUGCUUUACGAAAGUCUAACAACGACGUUAGUAAGGCCUAUAACCUCUUGUCUUUGAACAAGGAGCCUGUUCAUGAUGUUUUUUCUUCAGCUACUGAAUGGAGCAACGAAGAUCAUGAAGCUGGUCCCUCAAGUGAAAUUUUUCCGACACCCUCGUUCAGAUGUGUACGGCGAGCAGUGAAUAGUGAUGUGUGUAGUAUUUUUUCCAGUCAUGUCUCUAUCAUGCGAUGCAUUGAGGCCUCACAACAGUUGCUCACCAAUAACAUUUUUGAUCCUGUAUGUACUGAGUUCGUCGAUUUUUACCUCCCCAAGUGUAUUUCGCUGCACGUCAAUCCGCCUGAGCCGCUCUUCUUCAAUGAUGUCAAUCUUGGCAUAAGUGUCGAUUUUUGUAAAGAAGUGGUCCCCCUGAUAUCCAGAAGGUUAUCCAAAUUGCCCGUAGCUAAUUCUUUGUGUCAUUCAAUGGCUGAUCUAUUCAAUCCUCGCAAUAAGAUGUUCUGCGCAUAUCGCCGUCUUUCACCUUCAGAAGUACAAAACCGCUUAUUUGAUAUCCAAAUAACUUAUUGUGAUAUUAGGAAAACGAUGAAUGGCAAAGAUCACACACAUAGGUUGCUCCAAGAAUUGAUUGACCUCUUCAUCUCAUCCUCGGGAUUUUCGAAUGUCAAUGAAGUUCUCCGAAACCACCGCGACGUCCUGACACCAAGAGAUAUUUUCGAGUUGCUCUGUGCAAUAGAUACCUUUCGAGAGUUUCUUGACUCAAAGAAGAUGACCCAUAUAUUGCUUUCAAUUGUAGAAGGAUCUCUCAAUAUAGUGAAUGAAGUAUCUGAAAAAUACAUACGUGAUGGGCUCAGCCGUACUCACAUAAUGGAUGUGAUCGAUAUCUGUACAAAAUGGAUGGAGAUGCUGAAUGCGAGCUGCUUUUCAUGUGAUCAUUGUCUGCUGAAAUUCUUUCUACGUUGUAUUACUUGCAACCAACUUGAUGCCAAGGUCUUCGCUUUUCAUGAGCUAGGGAAACUGGUUGUGAAAAAUCGACCGUAUUCAAAUGUCUUCGAUAUCAAUCUGUUCAACUCAUGGCUGAAGGAUAAUAACAUACUCAAGCAUGCCCUCCAAGGGAAUAUGGAUCAACCAACCUAUUUAGAGAAAAUUAGGCCGAUUUUGUCGUACAUGACUUCGGAAAUGUCAGCGAGUGACUUAUCGGGCGUUUGGUCUUUGCGAAAAGGCAGAAUGGGAGUCUCAGCUGAUAACUUUUCCACGAUUCUUGUUCAAAUUGGGAAAGGUCUGAAUUGUGAACAAAUUGGCUGGCUUGAACAGUUGUUUAUCAAGUGCUUUCACGCCAACGAAACAAGAAUGUAUGAUAGGAUAUUCCUUUGUUGUAGGGAUAUUGGUAUUUAUUCAGAACAUCCACAGAUAUCCGAAAAGAUGCUUUCAAUAAUGUGGAAUUUGAUUGGACUUGCUCGAAAGAAGAAUUUUAUGACUUUGAACGCUAUCAAAUGGUUCAUCGAGCUUGUUUGCAACAAAAAAGACUUGAUCAUCAAGGAUACUUAUAUAAGAAAGUGUCUCGACAUACUCACCGUACAAUCUGGUCCUAUUAUUGUGUCAAGCCUUGUUAUACUUCGCGAACUGCUAGAAAUGUCCUCGAAUAUUGUUUCACAAGCAAAGAAUUGUAAACCGAGUUCUAGAGGAUUUAAGAGUCGCGAUCAGUGGGCAGAUCUCCAUCGUCUGGAAACGAACUUGGAUGAAGUGAAAUCACUCCUUCGAGAUAAUAAUUUUGCAAAAGUAUUGUAUGAAAAGUUGGCAUCCUGUAAAGAACUUGCACAAAAGUCAGUGAGCGAUGGCUUAGAAGUUUGCGAACAUAUUACUGCAGUUGUAAUAUCAGAUGGUUGCACUUACUCGUUUGCGGUCAAAAAUAUACUUGCUGUAUUUAAAUGGCUUAUUCAGAAUCAGGUAGUUGAAUUUUCCAAGGAAAUUUGGUGCCAUCUUUGGGACACACUGUCGUCAUCUGGUAGCAAUUAUUCAUCCGAGAUGGCGGCUAGUACACAGUGCUUAGAAUACCUGUGGGAAGUUCUGGAAGUAGCAGAGAACAAGGAAAUAGUUCGCGAAGUAAUGCAGAAACUUAUCGAGUUCGGCAGCCGCAAUAAUGACUGUUCGCAAUAUCGACUAUUUCUCUCUAUAUGUUACCAACGAUUGGAUAAUUUGCGAACUGAGUACUUUCGAAGGAUUGGUCAGACGGCGUGUCCAAGUCCCAAUCUUUCAAAGGCAUCUGCAAGUUCGGAUCAGCAAGAAGUUGAAGCGUUACGGAACAUCUGCCGACGACCUGAUUCGGGUUGCAAAGCAGAUGUUGCUGAACACAAAAAUUCACAAGAAACGAUCUGCGAAACAAUGUUCUCUUGUGGUUCCUCAUCCCCUCCCAAUCGCUCGGCAUCGGAGCUCUCAGCGCUGCUUUUGCUUCGUGGUAUAGAUCGUCUCCUUCAGCUUAUAGCCAUCUUCGUGGAGUCUGAGGAUAACCUUUUCUUCAUGCCAAGACAUUUUCCGCCUCACGGUGCACUUGUUCCGGGUCGCCCACUGCGUAUUUACUGUCAUAUCGAGGAUGACCCAAGCGAAGAGAAUGCCCUCUUGUUCCAUACAAACUCUCACGAAGCAAUUGGACAGUUCCGUUCUCGGCUUUCAAACAGGUUACACUUUAGGUCAAUCGGAGUGUACAAAAUUUAUGUACAAAAGGGAGACAAAUCAGUGGAAAUUCCUUGCUCUCAUGAAUGGAAGACUUUGGAACAGGUUGGUCUGGCAUCGUUUCGCGAUGGCAUUUGCGAGCUAGAGAAUAUCGACGUGACUAUCCGUUGCCCACGUUUGAGCGUUUCUUCUGUGAACUAUAAUAGUGGUAGACUAAUCUCUGAAAAGCAACUACCAAGCGUCAUCGUGCAUGAAACCAACGGAGUUUUUGCAAUGCUGCAUGAGUUGCAAAAAAUAGCGGACUUGGAGAUACAGAAGUCAUGUCGUCGGAUUCUUGCUCUUAUUCCUGUCGAUCCCACAGUACUUGCUGCCUUCACCGUCGAGGAGUCACCACCGAGAAUUGGGCGCGGGACAACAAACGAUGCCGUUGUUGUUGAGAAAUUUCUGACUCCCUCUGACCCGUAUAGAUUGUUGUACACAUUAGAGGUGCUUUCUGGUUUGUUGGUGCCAACGUUUGCGAGCAAAAUCACUGUAACUACUUCUAACCGACUUGCUCGUAUCCUUAUCAAUUCGGUCGUUUACAAACAUUUGUUAAAACUUAUCGCAUCGCCACAUUUGAUCGCUCCCAUCACACCUUCGGAUCGCACUCGGUUGUUCGAGCUACUCACAUUGAUUCUUCGUGUAUUACUUCUUGGACAGUCAGUAUUGUCUCACGCUAUAACCCAUGAGGAACAAUGUUUGUCAAGCCUUCAAAACUUCAAAAAAUCAGAACGCCGGAAAGACCCGCUCUAUGAAGAUUUAUCAACACUGAGCAUUGAAAGUUCUUCGGCUGUCGCUAACUUCAGCAAUGAUGAGUUUCUUAGCUUGAUUACUAUACUUCGUGACGCUGUUUGGCGCGGUGCGGCUGGAUGGUUGCUGUACUCGAUUAAACUUCCCAUCUAUCCGGAUUAUUUUGGUAUCACACCAAAGAGCUGUGAAACACCGAAUGACGCUCAGACGGCGGACAGUGUGUGGGUUGAACUCCCCAUCUGUAAAGUCCCAGACGCUCGUUCUGCAACUGAGUCGAUCCGCGGAAGUCAUGCUCAAGCUUUGGACAAUCGCAGCGAGGCUCUGACGAACGAUCUACUCCUUCUGAUGGUUCGAUGUAUCAAUAUUCGGUUGAAUACCUCUGAGAUGGACCAGGCAGUGAAAGAAAAUCUGCUAAAGUUGUGUACGACUGGUUCGUGGCGUGAAUUUUGGCUGGAUAUUCUUCUAAACACAGUAACCAGUGAACUUCGACGGCAUGCAAGAGAUGCACUUAUGUGCAUUGUUCGUUGUCCUUCGCUUGGAAGCAAUAUUUGUCAGAUUCUCGCGUUGCUCCUUGAAACUGUUGAAAGUCCACCUUUCAGUAGGGAACGUGUCAAAAAAAUUGAUGAGCUGAGUCGUCGCAAGCUAGCUAAUAGUCUCGAAAUGUAUCUAUGCCUGGCUUCUAUACUGGAGUACAACCGAUCAAACUCUGAAGAGGACGUUCUCCACAUUUGGCGGAUAGUAAAACGGGAUCCGAUGCAGAUUGCUUGGGAAAUGUUCGAUUAUGUGAUAAACACGGGUUCCACUUCCACCAAUGAUUGCAUAAACGCUGACUUCAUGUACGCAAAGUUGCGGGUUCUCAGAGCCCUCCUCAAGUACAGUAGCCCUGAAGCGCGCAGGCAGAUGGGUGAAAAAUUUAUGAUCCCUAUGUUGGGAUGUUGUGUGUUUGCGCAGGUGCUACAGGGAUCGUUUAGCAGCGUUUGGAGUGGAAAGAAUCCGCUGUUCGCUCUGGAGGUCUUGUCUGAUUUGACCGAUGGCUGCCUGCAAAAUGCUUUUCGAUUAAUCGAAUGGCUUCAAAAUUACUUUGGAACACUGCGAGAAUUGGAAUGGGAAUAUAGGCCAGUUUCGGAAUCCCGGGUGCUGGAUCACGUCGGUCUCCAAAAUGGUGGCGGUACCUGUUACAUGAACAGCGUGUUGCAACAAUUGUUUGCUAUUCCUGGGCUUGCCAGCCAUCUCCUCUCAAUCGAAGUUUCAAACGAUCGUGAAAGUGAAAACAAUCAACUGCUGUUAGCUCUUCAAUCGGUAUUCGCUCGUCUAACUAUGACCCGAUCUCGUCUCUAUGUUCCUCGCGAGAUGUGGGAAACAUUCCGAUUCACUGGAGCUGAUAGAUUGGAUACUCGUCAACAACAUGAUGCAGUUGAUUUUUUCACAGAAUUGAUUGAUCGAGUGGAUUCGGCCUUGGAAUCAGAGAAGAAGCCGCUGCUCUUCCGGCCUCGAUUACGUGGGAAAUUCUCGUAUGAGUACAUCUGUUACGGCUGUUUUCAUCGGCAUAUCGGUGCGGAUGAAGAAUUCCUGGCAGUGAAUCUCGAACUUCAUGGCCCAUCAUUGGAAGAGUGCUUGGAGCAUUAUGUGAACGGCGAGUUGCUCGAAGGAGAUAAUGCGUAUUUCUGUAGUAAGUGUCAAGAGAAGAGAAAUACCCUGCGGCGUGGCUCGUUUUGCGAAUUGCCAAAUACAUUGGCUAUCCAGCUGAAGAGGUUUUCAUAUGAUAUCAAUGGUCGUAUAGAUAAAAAGAAUGACUUCUGCUCUUUCCCAAUGGUUCUUGAUAUGACAUCAUACUGUACACAAGCACGUGCUAUUUGCGACCAAGAUCUGAAGUCUCUUUUUGAUGAUGUUUAUAGUAGCGAGCAGGACGACAACUCAAGUAUAGGUGAAGAACAGGAGAGUGGUGUCGAAAGCAACUUGUACGAACUUGUGGGUGUGGUGGUGCACUCGGGUGGAGCACGAGCGGGGCACUAUGUUUCUUACGUGAAAGAGCGCAGGCCUGAGAUGUUCAAUACCUUUACCUACGGACAAUGGGUGGAGCUGAACGAUGCAGAAGUGCGUAUAUUUUCUGGAACACCUGAGGCAAUGGAAUGCGAGUGGUUUGGCGGAUCGUUCACUGCUUCUCCGAAUGCUGCGUUUCCUUCUCGAGUCGAUCUCCCUAAGGAACGGCUUCGAUCUUUCAGUGCCUAUGUAUUAUUGUACGAGAAGAAAGAGGCCAGGUCAGCUGCUGUAAUUCAAAUGGGAGAUACAACUCGUUUACCCAAUCACCUACUCACUGCUGUAGAGAGUGAGAAUAUGUCCUUUCUAAAGAUGUUUUUUGAUUAUUGCCGGAACGCAUUGUGGCGACUUUCCUAUGAAUCGCGAGAGGCUCGUCUUCUCGAACUCUCGUUCGAAUCAGUUCGUAGACUCGUUCGAUGUUCAUCUAGUGUUCGGCUGGUAUUUUUCCAGCUUCUUGUAAAUUGCAAUUAUCAGAUCUUUUUCACUAUGUUCUCGAGUCCGGAUGACGUCUGUAGUGCUUGGUGGCGUUUAGUCAGUGAUGCUUUAUGUGAAUGGAUGGAAGACUUUGAUUAUGAGCGGUUACCGAAAUCCUCAGCGAAGCUGCCUCAAGAAAUUGUCGCUCGGAUAAUUACGCAGAUCAAAUGUGUGGAUUCUGCUCAUUCAUGUUGUAUACAUGGAGCAGUUCGUUGUUUGAAUAGUUUCGCUCGGAGUAGUCAUUCUGCUGCCAUACGGCUGAUUGGGGCAGGUAUUAUGCCGGUGAUCUGCGAACAUGUUACGAAUGAUUGGUCGGUGUCCACCCGUGUACAAGGUCGUGGUGAUUUGAGGAGUAAUCGACAGCUGACUGUGGAUUUUCUCUCUUUGUAUGCAACAUUACUGGUUCACAUUCGUGAUGAUCCAUGUUUCAAAAAGGAGUUUCCAUUGGAAAAUGGGGAUAGCUUUACUUCAGUAUUGGUAUGGAUGUACAUAGAGUUCUCGACGGACAAGAAAAUGUGUCAUAUUAUCGAAGAGAUAUUUUGCUUGAUUGAGCAGAUCAGACCUAACUUCCUCGAAAGUGUAGUGAACUUUUUACUGAUGGAACUGAGUAGAGUAGAGUGUGUCGAACUCGCCAAAGAAAUAGUGAGAUUUGUUGUAAACAUCUGCCGAAGACUUGACGAUGGAAAUGUGAGCAACGCUUUUCGUUAUUUCGCGAUUCUGCUGGACGGCUGCGAAAGGAGCGACUUCAUCAACGAGUGUGAAGUGCCAAAGGGUCUGAUCAGUCAAGCCGAAGAACUACUGGUACAUUGUGAAUACGAUAGAGUUAGGGCUAUCCUAGAGAGCUUGGCAAGGUGGAAAGAAGAAGGCACGAUGGAUCGCAGGAUUGCUGAAGUCUACAAUGAAGCCGAUCGCUUUGAUCGUAUCGCAUGUUGUACUUUGCGAUUGGCUGAAGAGGAAAGUGCUGCUAUCGCAACAGGAGUGGUUGGAGAAGUGGGCGUUGGAAUUCAUCGGGAGAGGUUGGAUCCUGUCGAAAUGUAUUAUCGAAAUCGCAUUUCUAAAUUACAUAAAGAUUGCGGAACUGAUGAAGCUCCAUUAGUGGAUGAAAUUCCCCAUAGAAACGAGUAUGAAGAUGAUAUUGACGAAGACGACGGCAUCGGAUUGAGCCCACCGUCGCUGACACCGACAAUCACGGAAUUUGAUGACGUCGUCGAACAGGAAUAG